AGCAGCGUGUUCUGGCGCACGUUGAAAGUACAUUUUAAUUUUAAUUUUACAGAAUCAGGAUGGAAUCAGAUGGCAACUCAAAACGCAAGCGGCCCAAAAAGAAAGGGAAUCGCUUUAUGCGAAACGCUAAGGGAUUUGCCAAGCAGGGCAUCUUCGGCCGGGGCACUCACAUUGACGAUGAGCAGUUUAAUUACUUCAUCAACAUUCUGGAUGCUAUGAAGGUGGGAUUCGAGGAUGUGGAGGAGCGAGUAAACAUGGCCAACAAUGUAUUUGAGCAGACCCACGACCAGGAAAUCCACCUGGCCUCCAAUCAAAUCGUGUCCAAGGCGCUGGAAUCCCUGGUUGGAUUCGUGGACGAUGUCCAGAUAGAGCGGUACUUCAGUAAAUUUGGCGAGAGUCUGCGGCCGAUGUGUUCGGACAGAUUUGCCUCACACGUCCUACAGAAAAUGGUAGAGAUCGCCUUUCUUCGUGGAGUGGGCAAGUCAGCUGUCCAGGUGACCAGCGAUGCAGCUACGUCCAACAAACGGGCCAAGCCGGAUGCAGCCCAAGUGGAAGAGGAGUACAACCUUGAGGCAGAGUUCAGUGAAGAUCACCGUGAGAAGUGCAGACAGUUUGUGCUACGUAUAUCGAAGUUUAUGCUAAACAAUUUGGAGGACUUUGUUUGGGACACGUGCGCCAGUCACAUCAUGCGCACUUGCAUACUUUGCCUGGUGGGUAUGCACGUGCCUAAGAUCGCUUUCGAGAAGGGAGGCACCGAGAUGGCCAAGCACCGAAAGCUGUACUCGGUGCCAGAUGAAUGGCAGGAUGUGAUGAAAGAGUUUCCCCAACGUCUGGAGAUGUGGCCCCAGUUUACGGACUUUCCCUACCAGGAGCACUCUUCAAGUCUGCUGGGCGUUAUUUGUUUGGCGCUGAGUGUUGCGGACAAAAGCAUGCUUAAGCACUUUGCAAAGAAAAUCCUCACGAUCGGGCUUUUGAAACCGAACGAUGAUAACGAGGAAAAGAAGGACAUAGACACCAAAAUCGAAAUUAAAGACGAGGAUGAUGAGGAGACGGAGAAGCCGGAAGAAGACACAGAAAAGAAACAAGCUGAGCCCGUUUUACCUAAAGUUUUUCACCACCAGAGCUCUGUCAUUCUGCUCGAAACUAUUUUAAGCGUGGCAGGAGCCAAGCUGCUGACCCAACUGUAUGCCAUGCUCUUCUGCAACCGCAUAGGCUUCCUGGCUCAGCAGGCGGGAACUAAUUUUUCAGUCCAGCGGCUGCUCCAGCACAUUAAAGAGGUCCCCGAUUUCGAGUCAGUCUUUACCGAACUUCAACCCCAUGUGGAGGAACUACUCAAAAUGGGAUACACUGGCGUGGUAUCCGCUCUUAGUGCCGCGUGCCUGCGGCUGGGCACCAAGCAGGCUCAAAUGAUAGCCGCUCUGCAAAGCGCCCUUCAUGUCAGUGGCGACAAGGAAAAGGCGAAGCUCUUCUUCAGUUGCCUAAUCAAGUUGAAGCCCUUUGAAGUAGUCGGCAGCGACGAGUCGGGUUUCGUUCACCUGCACGGGUCGCUCAUUGCCCAGCACGUGCUGCAGUUUAACAAGCCCAUCUUCCUGGUAAACUGUAUCCUCGAUCUGCCCGCUACCCAGCUGGCUCAGGUUUUCAACACACCCAACGGCUCUCAUAUUGUGGAUGCCUUCAUGCAGAGCAAGUUCAUUGGCGAAAAAUCACGAGAGCGUCUAAUUCGCCAGCUGGAUGGCUUUUACGUUGACUUGGCCAUCACGCGGCAUGGUUCCCGGGUCUUCGAACAGUGCUUUAAGGCCUCGCAGGAGGCGCAGAAGCUGCGCAUGGCUAAGGAACUGUUUUCCAAGGCCAAUAUGCUUAAAGGUUCUCCCCACGGCCGGAUCAUCUACACAAAGUACCGUCUAGACACAUACAAGCUCUCGCCAAGCCAGUGGCAGGAAAGUUUGUCAAAAAAUCUGGACGCCGAGGAGCCAAAGGAUUCGAAACGAAAAAAGGCCAAGUCAGCUACCGAAGCUUUUAAGGACAUUCUUAGUUAGAAGCUAGGCAACUUUAGCAAAUAAACUGCAUCUUCAUUAAUGUAA